AUGGACUCCUCACACUACCGCAAAAUCGAGCUCCAAUCCGCCGCAGACUUCACCUACCUCCAUGGCAACACCAUCGCCCUCUCGCGCCAAAAACUCGAUCUGCAUUUACCCCCCUCCGCGGCCCCAAACAAUGGGCCGGAUCCCAUGCGCGAGCGCGUGGGCGAGCUUGUUGAUGAUUUCAUAACCCGCACCUUCACCACCGCAUCCUCCAGCGUAUCAAUCAAUGGGCUCGACUCAGAGUCACCCGAGUUCCCCUUCCCGGCUGCGUUUACGGCGCCUGCAGAGACGGUUGAGUAUGAGGCGUUUGAUGGGAAGUUAGCGGCGCGGGUGUCGUCGCUGUAUGCGCAGUUGGAGUCGUUGACGACGACGGUGGCGCAGCUGAGAAGGGAUGCGCCGGGGAAGGCGGCGAGGGACUAUGUUGAGGAGCUUGGGAGGGUUAUUGAGGAGGAAGAUAAGGACGAAGAUAACGUCGGGGAGGAAGGGGAGGGGGAGGAGGAUGUUGAGAUGGGCGAUGCGGAUGCGACUGCGAACGCAGAGCAACCGGAAUCACAAUCCGAAGAGGCAGCAACAAAGCCAAAAGAGAAGAGAGAACGGCGGAAGCAGGCGAAGAAAGAAUCAGAGCUGUGGGAUCUGGAUAUCCCGCUCGGAACAGAGAAGGAGGCAGAGCGGUGGCGGAAUGGGGAGAUUGCAGAGGUCUACGAAGAUGCAUUGCGGACAUUGCUUCGGCUUCAGGGUGAUGCUGUACCGGGCGACGACGAAGGGUCCGAUCCCCACGGAAUGGACGGCAGUGCGCUGGCGUCCACAGUGGGUAAAGCCGAGCGAGCUGGCCGGGCGGUUGAUUUUGUAGAGAAGAUCUGA